AUGCACAAAUACCGUCGCCAGGCGAAGUAUGCCGCUUGGUAUGACAGCCCAAACGAUGACUCCAACUUUCGAAUGAUGAAUCCCUUUGCGAAAUGGCGGCCCAAUUCUCGAUCAGACACGAUGAGAACAAUGGAGGAUGGCCAAGGCGCAGGACCAGCCGAAGACGGUGCUGCCACACUUAGACCAAUUGUCACAGACGACCCGAAUGACUACAGACUGUCGACGCCAAUACGCGAGCGGAACCAUCAGACUGAUGCACAUACAUCGGCGCGCCACGCUAUGACAGAUCCCAGCGCCAAGUCUGGUGUAAGAUCAUACUCUCCAGGAGAUGCGGUCAAGAUUCCACGCUCGACCAGCCCGACUUCCGCGAUUCAAGAGGAACCCUGCCCGGAGAAAAUCGAAGAUGGAAAGAGCAGCGAAACUUUCACCAAUGGCACCCCUGUGAUCUCCCACGAUAGCAACCCCAUUCGAAAUCGUGCGCCGGGUGAUAGACAGGGGAAACGCGGCCUUGCGAAGCUCUUCAGCAAGAAGACAACAGAUACAGAUACAGACGACAACAACAACGGCAAGGACAAACCCAAGUUUACUGCCUGGAGUCAAAUCCAUGCCACUUUGUUCAACUCCUGGAUCAACGUCCUUCUCAUCUUCUCUCCACUCGGCAUCGCCGUCUAUUAUGCUGGAAUCAACAAAGUGGCCGUCUUUGUCAUCAAUUUCAUUGCCAUCAUCCCGUUGGCAGCCAUGCUGAGCUACGCCACCGAAGAAAUCGCCCUUCGCACUGGUGAAGUCAUUGGCGGUCUGCUCAAUGCAUCUUUUGGUAACGCCGUCGAGCUGAUUGUGUCAAUCAUCGCACUGGCCAAGGAUCAAGUCUUGAUCGUUCAGACCUCGCUCAUUGGCAGCAUGCUUUCCAAUCUGUUGCUUGUCAUGGGCAUGUGCUUCUUCUUUGGCGGCAUCAACCGCGUCGAGCAGGCCUUCAACAUGACCGUCGCCCAAACCGCCUCUAGUCUCUUGUUUCUGGCUGUUAGCAGCUUGAUAAUUCCCACUGCCUUUGAGCAGUGGGCCAGAACUGGAAACGAUAGCGCCAAUACAGAAACAGAAACAACAGCGAACCCCAAGCCAGGAGUUGCGGCUUUGAGCCGAGGGACUGCCAUCCUCCUUUUGGUCGUCUACGCCUGCUAUCUCUUCUUUCAACUCAAGAGUCACGCAAAGAUGUAUAACAAACCCAGCGAAAAGAAUGAGACUCGCGAUGUUGGUUCAAGGUUCAAGAACGCUGUCAUCCCCGAGAAAUUGCGGCGCCGGACUCCCUCUGAACGAGAAGCCGCCAUCCCUGAACCGGUCGACGAUGCACCCGAGGAGCCUCAACUCUCCAUCACGGUGGCUCUCAUCACAUUAACCAUCUCCACCGUGCUGGUGGCGUUGAAUGCCGAGUAUCUGGUUGAUUCCAUCGACUCAAUCACCUGCGGCGGCGGCAUUUCCAAGAACUUCGUCGGUCUCAUUCUGCUCCCAAUUGUCGGGAAUGCUGCCGAACACGCUACGGCUGUCACUGUCGCGAUCAAGGACAAAAUGGACUUGGCCAUCGGGGUCGCCGUGGGAUCGAGCAUGCAAAUCGCGCUUUUGGUUCUGCCUUUGGUCGUGGUGCUUGGCUGGAUCAUCGGCAAAGACGACAUGACCUUGUUCUUCGACGGUUUCCAGAUUGCUGUCUUGUUCGUCGCGGUCUUGCUGGUGAACUACCUGAUCCAGGACGGCAAAUCUCAUUGGCUGGAAGGGGUUCUGUUGAUGAUCCUGUACAUCAUAAUCGCAGUGGCUGCUUGGUUUUAUCCCACGGCUCCGGGUCUCAGCGACUGCCCUGGAGGGGAAUAA